AUUCUCAAGUUCAUAAAAUUUUAUUUUUGAUAUAGAUGAAUAAGAUUCAUUAUUAAUACAUUGGAUUUUAUUUUAUUGACAAAUGUAAUUGAGAUUAUUUCAUUUAUCGGACAAAAUUUCUACGGAGUGUGAAUAAAAUUUAAAAAAAUGGAGAAGGAAGACGCUAAGGUAGUGGAGAUGGAGACAUUCCUCCCCCAAGGGAAUGGAUACUCAACACAAUCACCCUCAAAGUACAAAAUCCAGCCUAUGGAUGCUCGUCUUGAAGAUUAUGAUCCAUUUAAAGAACGGGCGACUUUACCAAAGGGAACAACUGAUUGUGAAACUUUAACGCAUUUAUCGAAAGCGGCACUAGGAUCAGGCAUUUUGGCUAUGGGAGUAGCUUUCAGACAUUCUGGAUUAGCUUUAGGAUGUGCAUUUAUGAUUCUAGUUGGUCUUGUUUGUACACAUUGUGCAUAUCUUUUGGUAGCCUGCGCUCACGAAUUAUAUAAGAGAAAACGAGUGUCUCACAUGACGUUUUCUGAGGUAUCAGUAGAAGGUUUUAAAAGUGGACCCCAAUGGUGUCGCAUGUUUGCAGAACCUUCAAGGAUUGCAAUUCAAGUGCUUGUAUUUAUAACAUAUUUUGGUACAUGCAGUGUUUAUACAGUCAUUGUUGCAAGAAAUAUAAAAUAUGUAGCAGAUUUUUAUUGGACUGAGGAACUUGAUAUUCGUUUUUAUAUAUUAUUCUUGUUACCAUUCCUCAUUUUAUUAAGUUACAUACCAGACUAUAAACGUUUAGCACCAGUGUCAAUGCUUGCUAAUAUUUGUGUAUUUGUUGGACUUUGUAUUACGCUGUAUUACAUUAUUGGAGAUCUCAAACCAGUUUCCGAACGGAAGAUGGUGGCUGAGUAUACUAAUUGGCCAAGUUUCUUCAGUAUAUCUAUUUUUGCAAUCGAGACUAUUGGCGUUGUUAUGCCUUUAGAAAAUAAUAUGAAAACUCCGAAACAUUUUCUUGGUUUAUGCGGUGUUUUGAAUAGAGGAAUGUCUGGUUUAACAUUACUUUAUAUGAUUUUUGGUUUUCUUGGUUAUCUGGCUUAUGGAGACGAGACGGAAGGCAGCAUUACUUUAAAUUUAGAUAAAGCUUCAAUACCUGCUCAAAUUGUUCAAGUUCUCAUCGGGAUUUCACUAUUUUGUACAUUUGGUUUACAAUUCUUCGUAGCUUUAGAAAUUGUUUGGGAUAUAAUAAAAAACACCAAAAGAUGUUCAAAACGUCCACGUUUAUAUAAUUAUACACUGCGUACCGUAUUAGUUAUAUUAGCUGUCGGAUUAGCUGCUGCAGUUCCUGCAAUUAGUCCCUUUAUUGGUCUCAUUGGUGCGUUUUGUUUUUCGUUAUUAGGUUUGGUUUUACCUAGUAUUAUUGAAAGUGUUAUCUUUUCCGAAAGAUUUGGAUUUACAGAUUGGAGAACGUAUAAAAACGGUCUUAUCAUUGCUUUUGGCCUUUUUGCAUUAAUUUUUGGUUCAAAAGCAUCUCUAGAGGAAAUUGUAGCAAUAUACACAAAUUAAUAAUUUUGAAUUUCAUUAUGAACAAAUAGUAAAAUUCCAUGAACCUUAAAUGCAUUUAAAACCUAUGUUCAGAUAUUUAUUUUUCUUUUAAUACGUGAGAAAGGAGGGUAUUUAUAUGUUGUUGUGGAUUGUCAUUGUAGAUGCCGGUUGUCUAUUUAGACAAUUUGAUUUUGUAAACUUCAAAUCGGAUCCCACAACAGUCGAGAAUACGUAGUAUACAAACAUAUUACCUGUAUUUUUUCGUUAAAUAUUUACAGCCAAAUGCAAUAUAUUUGAAUCAAUAAGUUGCAGUUUAAACUUUUAAACUCAAACUGCGUAGCACUUGCUCUUGUUUUGCAUUCUGAUGUAUUACCUAAUAAACUGUCUACUAAGUAGAUUCAAAAAUUUACAAUUAUUUUUUAAUUAUCUUGCCAAAAAAAAGUAUCACCUUAUGUGAAAAGUCAAUAAUUUGUAUAAUGUUUUGGUGCUACGUAAUAAAAAAAAAUACCUCCUUCAUUAAAAUGUUUUUACUCGACUGUGGCAUAGCAAACAUAUGUUUGGAAAAUCUUAUGUAUGUUUUUAUAUAAGAUUUUUUCUAAAACUAUAUGAAUUUUGAGAAAAUGGGCGCAAGAAACGCAGCAUGGCAAAGACUUGGCAUUAAUAAGUGAAGCAAAAACAUGUUAAAAUACCAUCGAGGUGGAUCUUAGACACAAGUUUUUGCCAUGACAAAUAGAAAGUGUAAAAAGUAGAUACUUUCAGGGAAUCUUUGAUGAGCAGCCGUGUUUCUUUUUUUUUAAAUUGUUUAAAAUAAUCAUAUUUUUGUUAUGAUUA